AGAGCGUGGUCUGUGAAGGCGGAAGUGUUUGGGCACGGACCGACGAAUAAACAGAAAACAGAAAAGAAAUGUAACCAAACUACCGCAGAAGUAUUUACCUUAGAUUAGACUGAACUUUUAAAACUUGUACCAGCUGGAAAAUAAUACCUUUUUUUUUUUUUUUUUUUUUUUACAAUUCUGUUAGAAACGUCGAUAUGUAAGAACACUGCACGAAAUGUCCUGUUUACUAACUAUUGUUUUUAUAUCGCCACCUAUUGCUGUGGAGUAUGAACGAGGCAGUUUCUGUUUCCUGAUGUGAAUAGCGCCGUCAUCUUCUGUGUUGUAGUCGUCCUAGUCUUUUGCUUUAUGUCACUAAGGUAGCGUGACUGUCUUUUCGUUUAGCUAGCGUCUUCUUAAACUUUUAAAUUAGUGGUUAACCUUAGCAGGUAAGCAAAAUCCGGCGGAACACAUCCCUGUAGCGUUAAUUAAAUUUUAGGUAGGAGGUAAAUUAAAAACUGCGCGGAGUGAUGGAGGAUCAGACCUACAAUGUGAAGCUCUAUAUUUAUGACCUGUCAAAGGGACUUGCUCGCCAGCUGAGUCCUAUUCUGUUAGGAAAACAACUCGAAGGAGUUUGGCACACAGCAAUAGUAAUCCACGGAGCAGAGUAUUUCUUUGGGGGACAGGGUAUAACACACUGCCCACCGGCUGCUACACUUUUGGGACAGCCCGAUGCCAUAGUGGAUUUGGGAAACACAGAAGUUCCUAAGGACAUAUUUACAGAAUAUGUUUCAUCCCUGCAAGAGUCUACAUAUAGACCAGAGACGUACCGCCUUUUUGAACACAACUGUAACACUUUCAGUAGUGAGAUGGCCCAGUUUUUAACAGGAAGAAAAAUCCCAUCGUAUAUUACUGACCUGCCAUCCGACGUGCUUUCCACGCCUUUUGGACAAACACUGCGUCCUCUUAUUGAGUCUGUCAGCAUUGCCCCACCUACAGACAACUCUUUCAAUGGACACUAUGGACAAAGGUAGACUGUGUUGUAAAGACCAGUGCCAUGUUAAAUGGUUCAGGCAAAAAUUACGUCCAAUAAAAAAUGAAGGUUUCACAAAGGUCAAUAUCAGCCAUUAUAUACAGAUUGUGUAUGUAUGUGUGUGUAUGUAUGUUUGUGUGUGUGUUUUCUGGCACUACAGGCAAAUGUAGCUCACAAAUGAGGGAAGCUUAUAGCUGCCAGCCUAACUGAUGUCUCCAUCAUCACACAUUUGUUUCAAAAUGCAUUAAAAAAAGAAUAGUUUCAUAAACCAACAUCUCAAGUUUGUUAUAUAACACAUAAACAUGACCAAAUGAAUUUUUAAGGCCUGUUAAACACAGUAUCUAAUUAGGCUAAGUUACCUGAGUAAUAAAUAGUUCGCUGUAAUGCAUCAUAUGCUAUGUAUAGAUAAACCUAAGAGGUUUAUGAGGUUAAAUUAUGUUGCAUUCUGAGUUAAAAACAAAGUAAAACGCUCUCCUCAGGAUCUUGAUUUUUGCAGACACUGGCCCAUAGUGAUGAACUAUUAGCUUGCAAUUGAAACCGUAAUAAAGCAGUGUGGAAAAAUCUUUCACUGCAGUGAUCACAUUUCAUUGAAAUAUUAUAAUAAAUGAUUAUUAUGUAAGUUUAUUUUAUAAUGUUCAAUUUUACUAUACUGUUUAUAUAAAUAAUAGUUAUAUAAUAAAUCAUCCGCUAUUUUAUAUGUUAACGCUGGGGCUCAUUCUUGACAAAUAAUGGAUUCCUCCUGGAUCUCAUAGUAUGCUUUUGUGUUGACUUGAUUUUUUUGAUCUUCAGUAACAUCUGAAAGUCACACAAGUUUGCACAAAGCGAUACCAAAAUACAUGCUGAGGCAGUGAUUCUGGCUUAUGGCUGCUAUUGCUGUUUUAUACCCUGCAGCACAUGUGUUUACUUUUUUACUCUACUGUAUGACACUUUACUGUACUGUAUGACAGGGCCUUGCAGUGUCUGAAACCAAAAAGAGAGACUAUUUACUAGUACUUAAUAUCUUGACGCUAUUUGAGUUGAGUGUGUGAUGAUUAACAUGCACGUUUGUAUGAUGCUGAAUUGGAGGCUCUAAGCUUCCCUUACCUGUGGGCAACAUUAGUCUGAUAUCUCUAGUUUAGAUGCCAAAUAUGUGUUGGCUCAACUACAAUAGGGGAAUUACAAUUUUCUCCCAUCUAUCACUAUAAUACAUUGGUUUAAGAUAGAUAGAUAGAUAGAUAGAUAGAUAGAUAGAUAGAUUAUAUAUAUAUAUAUAUAUAUAUAUAUAUAUAUAUAUAUACACACACACACACACACACACACACACACAUAUAUAUAUAUAUAUAUAUAUAUAUAUAUAUAUAUAUAUAUAUAUAUAUAUAUAUAUAUAUAUAUAUAUAUAUAUGUAUUAGGGUUAGGGUUAUAUAUGUCUGUGUGUGUGUACAUAUAGAUAAGAUAGAUAGAUAAAUCAUAGAUAGAAACUUUAUUGAUCCAAAGGAAAUUGCAGCAUUACAGUAGUGGUAAAAGACAUUAAUGAGAACUUGAUUGGUAAAAUGAAACUAAAUUCUUAGUAAUGAAGCUUCAGAAUAAUAUAUUGACUAAUAUAAUGCGGAGUAAUAUAUUGCAAGAUAUUCUGGUCUUCCAGGCACGUUGUGCUGUUUUUAUUUAAAAAAAAUGUUUGGCUCAUCAGUUACUAAAACAAAAAACACAAAAUAACAAAAAUACAUGUAGCUAAUAAAAUAUUUAAAAAAUUUCAGGAAAUGUAUAACAUAUUAAUACAAACAUGCUAUAUGCAAGGUGGGACUACAUUUAUACUGAUACCAAAUGUCACAAGAUACAAAUGGGAAUGUACAUUGUUUAUGAUUUUGUGGUAAAGCAUAGGAUUGUUGUGUCGUAGAGACACUACUUUCUUAAAAUUUCUCUUGGCAACUUCCAUUCAUAUCUCAUCCAUUUGUCUCCGUUGUUGUAUGGCACAUGUGCUGAUGAGUUGAUUUAUUGUACCCUUUUCACCUUCUUUUUUGUCAUUAUUUGUCAUGGAAUCAUUUCUACCUUUACAAUCUGUCAAAAUUAGAUUUCUUUGUUGAUGAACUCAGUUUUAUAACUUAUUUUAAAAUUUUUACAAGUUCUGUCUGUCAGCACUGAAAUUUGGAUUAUAAGAUUGUGCUUCAGACAAAUCAAACAGUAUAGGUUAAGCUAAUAUAUAUAUAAUUUUAAUAACUUUGAGGAGCAAAAAGCUACAUAAUGACAGAAUACAGAGAAUCUUUUAACUUCAGAUGUUUUCUCCAUGUUGAAGUCAGUAUGUCUAUGUGUAUACUUUGACAGUGACUUAUUGAUUUCUUUAUUUAUUAUAGACUUGAAUAUGCUUUGGUUGACCUAAUAUUAACUGAUUUAUUGGUUACAUCGCUUGUCAAAUUGGUGUAAUUAUUUUGUAUCUCAAAUACUAAAGCAUAACUGUAUAUUUUUUAUCUUUAUUAACUAAUGGGAAACAAAAUGUUAUUUUUCUGUAAUGCAACUUUGUUUCAGUUUAACACAGGGAUCUUCCUUGAACAAAAGGGAAUGGGAUGAGGUGUAAGAUACCUCUGAUUGUGAUGCUGUUUGUCCGCUUAAAAGACUUUGAUAAUUGUAGUGUAGCAAUGAAAGUGGCCACUAAGUGGCAGAAGUACUACACAGUUCUGAGGUAAACCAAGCCAAACAGACAUCAGCAUUCAUAUUUAGAAUUUUUACAUAUACAUUUCCACUGUAUUGAAUAUUGUUAUUAUAAUGUAAAUGUAUAAUAUCUUCUAUAACCUGCAAUAAACAUAUCUGCUCUUACUCGUUUCCUAUAAACAUUGUCAUAAUGUUCAGAUGGAUGACAAUGGAAAUAAAAUGGUGGCUCUGUCA